AUGAGCACCAAAUAUUUUCGUGCUUAUCAACUCCGAAGAAGGCUAAAGUUUGGAAAUGCUACAUUAUGUUCAAGGAACGGCCUUACUGAGAAUAGUACACAAUCUUCACCAAGACAACCUUAUGCUACUAACAGCACCUUCACAGCCACAUCACCUAUUACACCACGCCGUUUCUCCUCAUCUACUACACGUAGUUUUGAUACGAGUGAUUACUUUUCUACUUUUCCAAUGAAUCAACCAAUAUCUGGGAUUUUAAAUAAUCCUAAUUCAAAAUCUUCAAAUUACGUAAAACCUUCAAAAAAUGAUAUCCCGUCAGUUCCCCAUACUCCAAUAAAAAAGGUAAAACCUGUUGAUUUCAAUAAUUAUUUGAAACAGAUGACCCCUUUGUUCAAGAAAUAUAGCCAAAAUAAAGAAAUCGGAACAGAUGAGAGUUCUCGUAAUCCUUAUUCUUUACAUUUGCCAUUACCAACCCCAACCACUUUCAUUACACCAACGAUAACAAGUCCUAUCGUUGAUCAACGAUUGCUUGAAUCUAAUAUUGAACUUCCUUUACUUGAAACUGUACCUUCAAUAUUCUUUGAUCCUAAUUUUAACUUGGAAAAUCCAAGAACAUUUGAUGCUGUGUGUGAACAAACGGACAUCAUCAAAGGAAAUCCCAAUGACCCUUCAAUAUCAACAAAUGCAAUUCUGCAAGAAAAAUUGUCUCAUUAUCUUGAUACUGUAGAGGUUCAUCUUACAAAAGAAAUAUCUUUAAGAUCUUCUUCAUUUUUUGCUGCUUUAUCAAAUCUUCAGGCAUUACAUUCUGAAACCUUAGAAUGUGUUACCCAGAUUCAUAAAUUAAGAGAAGAGUUGGCUAGAAUAGAUGACACCAAAGCCAAAAAAGGUCUUGAAAUUGUUAGAUUAAAAAGACGUAAAGCAAAUACGGGCAGACUUUAUGAAGGGAUUAAAAUGGUUGCAGAAAUCAGAUCUAUUCAACCAAUGAUACAAGAAUUAUUAGGACAGGGUGAUUAUUUUUCAGCAUUAGAUUUAAUUGACGAAGCAAAUAGCUUAUUACAUGGUGGUAAUGUUGGCAGCGAUUCUGGUUAUAAUGGGAAUGAGGAAAAUAUUAAUUUACAAUUUAAUAAUAAUAAUGGGUUAAAGACUCAGCUUACUUCUGGUAUUAAUAAUAGACCAAUAACUAUUUCAAGACUGAGUAAUGUGGCAAAUGAUAUUAAAAAAUCAGGUGUAAUUGAUUUGAGAGGAGUCAAAGCUUUAAUGCAUUUUAAUGGUCAACUUACUAAAGUGUAUAAAACUAUUGGAGUAAUGAUGGAAAAUGAUUUAAUAAAUAUGUUAUUUCUUGAUUUUGAAGAACAUGUAGACAAUGUGGAUAAAAGUGUAAUAAUAAACUCGCUAUACAAUUUUACCAUUCCUCUACCAACUAUUAAAAAAUCAAAUAUACAACAAACAUUCCUUUUUAAUAUUGACGAUAAAAAUCUCGAAAAAGAAGAUAAAUUAAAACAAAGAAUAUCGCCAUUUAUCCUAGGAUUAUAUAAAAUGAAUUCACUUACUCAUGCUUUACAAUCAUAUCGUGAAAGAAUGUUGGAUGAAAUAAAGAAAAUAAGUCAAAUACAAAUGCAUAAUUCUUCAUUAACAGCAAUACUUGCCGAUUCUAAAGAAGAUCAUUUAAACGAAUCUCACUCUGAACAAAAACUUGCCAAGGUAUUAAAAGGAAUGUCAUUUGAUACAUUUGUUGACAUGCUUUUAUCCAUUUAUGCAGUUCUACUCGAAGGAAUGAGGCGAAUCACAAUUUAUAACGAAAUAUUUAAUAAUAUACUAAAUGAAGCACAGAAUUCAGGAAAUUCUUCGGAUUAUAGUAAUGUUACACAGUUGAUGGAAGAAGUUGAACAAUCUGAUAAAGAAAUAGAAAAAUCAAAAAAUGAAACCAAUGUUUUAAGCAAUUCAAGAUUUUCAAAAGCACUCAGAAUCACAACUGGCAUAAAGUCUAUGAUACAAAAAAGAACCUCGUCAUUAACUGGUAAACCUGUUCCUGAGUUAAAUACUAAAGAAUUAGUUGACAAUACACCAGAUACUGGAUCACAAAAACUAAAAGCAGAAUCUGAUAAUAUUAAGAGUACUAGUAAUAACAGUAGUGGUGGUAGCAACAUCAACAACAGCAAUAAUAGUCAACAUUCACAAUUAUUAUCUGAUUCCGUACAAAUUGUUUAUGCAACAGCAGAUUUGGCUCAUGUGCGAUGUGCUAGUAUGAUAGCAAUUCGUGCAGACCAAAAUGCUCAACUAAAUCAAAAAGACUUUUAUCGAUUGUUUAAUGUGACGUGGGCAUUUGUUUUAGAAUGUGAAAAUUUAUGUGGUAGAAUGUGUUAUGGACUUCGUGGAACAAUUAUGUCACAAGCUAAAGCAUUUUUAAAUCAUUUUCACAUGGAAAAGACAAAACAAGAGAAUACAUUAGUUGAGAAUGAACAAUGGGUUCAAGCUGAAGUGCCUAUCGAUUUCCAACGUAUCGUGGAUAAUAUAGUGUCAGCAUCUGUAUCAGGAUUGUCAUGUUUUAGAGAUGAUCCGUCAGAACCUUUAUCAUCACCUUCGCUACACUCAUAUUCUUCUCGUGCUCCAUCACAAAAUGAUAGCAGUAAUCGACAUAUUUUUGUUGAAGAACGAAAAUUUUUUGUGGUUGGCUGUAGUUUAUUACUGAUUAAAAUGCUUGGUGAUUAUUUAAAGUGCAUAGUUAAUAUACCUGCAUUAACAACUGAGACAAUGAAUCGUAUAAUUGAUCUAUUGAAUGCAUUUAAUUCUCGAACAUGUCAAAUGAUUUUAGGUGCUGGAGCUAGGUUAUCUGCUGGUUUAAAAAAUAUUACAGCUAAACAUUUAGCACUUGCAUCACAAUCGCUGGGUGUGAUGAUUGCAUUAGUACCAUUUAUACGUGAAUGUAUAAGACAUAAUCUUGUUGUUAAACAAUUUGUAAUGUUGACAGAAUUUGAUCGAAUCAAAAAUGAUUAUGUUAAUCAUCAAAAUGAGAUACAUGCAAAAUUGGUUUCUAUUAUGAAUGAAAGAUUAAUCCAUCAUCUUCGAACUUUCCAGUCAUUGAAUUGGGAUGAAUUACAAAACAAAGAAGGUCCUAAUUCUUAUAUAGAAUCAUUAAUAAAAGAAACAUCCACAUUACAUAAAGUUUUAAACAAGUAUCUUCCGCCUGAAACAUUACAAAAUGUGAUGACUCAAAUUUUCAAAUCUUCAAUGUCAAAAAUUGCAGAGGAAAUUGGUAAAUUGAAUAUUAAUACAUCUGAUGGGAAGAAGAGGUUGAUAGUGGAUAUACAAUAUUAUGUAGGAAAAUUGUCAACUUUGGAAGGACAUAGAGAGCCAAUUACAAUGAGUGAAGAAUUGGAAAAGGCAAUUGAAAGUUUAGAACUAUCCUAG